CCAGAGCUGAGUCAAAUGAUCCGACUCCCGAAAAAGAACCGAACUUCCCAUCACGGGGCGGAUGUGGUCCAAUCAGACGGCGCCAACUGGACGUUGUUCCCGGGAUGUUCCGUCUUCGUCCAAUCAGAAGAGAAUGCGUGGAGGCCUACAGGAAGUGCCGCGCCUCUUGGCCAAUCAGACGCGCCGGCGUCACCCUUCACGCGGUGGAACCGGAAAGCCCGCAGAACCGGGAACGCUCACUUCUACCGGCGUCUGCGCGUGAAGCGACCCAGGACUCGCGCACGGAGCUCGGUGUCUGAUUGUUUGUUAGCUGCGCUGUCUCGUGCCGAAAUGUUGUGUCUCAGCGGGCUGUCGGUGGCCCUCGCGCUCGCUCUCGUGCCCGGUCCCGGUGCCGCGCUGAAGGACGGAGAGUGUGAAGUGUGCGUGAGCUUCCUUGGGAAGUUUUACCAGACGCUACAGGACAACAACGUGAACUUCAACAGCGCAGACAUCGAGAAGGCCAUCGUGAAGAGCUGCAGAGAUGCUAAAGGCAAAGAAAACCGCUUUUGUUACUACAUCGGAGCAACAAGUGACGCCGCCACCAAGAUAAUCAACGAGGUGUCCAAGCCGCUCAGCUACCACGUCCCCGUGGACAAGAUCUGCGAGAAACUCAAGAAGAAGGACAGUCAGAUCUGUGAACUGAAAUACGACAAACAGCUGGACCUGACCACCGUGGACCUGAAAAAGCUUAAAGUGAAAGACCUGAAGAAGAUUCUGGAGGAGUGGGGCGAGUCCUGCAAAGGCUGCGCCGAGAAGUCCGACUUCAUCCGCAAAAUCACAGAGCUAAUGCCCAAGUACGCCCCUGCAGCCGCAAGGGCACGGACAGAUCUGUAACGAGGGACAAAGACAAAACACAGCCACACCUUUGGACUCUGGAGAGGAGGAGGAAGAAGAGGAGGAGGAAGAUGAGGAGGAGGAAGAUGAGGAGGAGGAGGAGGAGUUUGUCUUUUGGGUUUUGGGGGUGUACACUCAUCUGGUAAUCUGACACUGAUUCAGAAGUAUAGAUCUGUAGUUUAGUCCUGUGCUAUACUUUUAAAUCAUGUGAGGUCAGUUUUUGUGUUGGGGGUUCAUAGCACAGGAGCUCUGAUUCACGGGACAUUCGAACACUGGGAGUGAAUACACUUCACAGUACGCUGGCUAGAUGACUGACAUUCGUAGUAGUCCGUCGUUGCGCUGUAACGGAGCAGCAGUGUGACUCUUCUGUCCUCGAGCAGACUCCGGCGACGUCUUAAAGCCGAGCUGCUAAAGGGAAGUUGUCAUGUUUCAUUUCCUGUAGCGUCCCCCCAAAUUUUAGCCCGAUAUCCACGACACGGAGCGGAGGAGGACGAGUGACCGUGCAUCAACAUGGAGCCCACACGUUAAGACUUAAAACUACACUGACAUGUCCACACGUACGUUAAAGUUAAUCUGAUUUAUUGUUCGUUUAUUCAAAUCCUGUGGUUAUCUUCCAGACUUUAGUUUUUACUUUGACGUUUCCUCUUUUUGUUACUGAUUAACCUGCAGGAAGAGAAUCUGUGUUAUCAGCUGGACGUUCAAACGAAGAGCAAAGGAUGAUCACAGCAACCAAAAUAAAAACGUGUCGGCGUACGAGUGUCGUAUUAAGACUGGAAGAACGUGAAGCCGUCUUUAAAGGCUCGGUUUAAUCCUUUAGUUUAAAUUCACAGUAAACCAAGUCGGCCGUGUUCCAGCCCAGAGUCACUCAAACGAACUGUACACUUAUUAAAAGAAAGUGAAAUUAAUUAUUUGUUUUUGUUCUCAUUCAUCACACGGGGGUUAAACAGGAAGUUCACCAGUCGUCCUCCUGUCAGAAGUGUUUAAGAUAUUUAUUGAGUUUCUAAUAAGUGAUUUUAUUGUUUCCUGGCUUUGUUUGGGGAUCGGUUUCUGUCGUGAUGCUGUACCUGUGCCGGGAUCACCUGCAGUGUCAUCCAAUCAGGAGCUGGAGAAGUUUUGAAAUAAAAAAGGGUUACUUAUUUCUUCUUCUUUGAUAUUUUAUUGAUGUUUGAUGUAAACAAACACAGACGUUUGUUACAGCUGUGCUAUUCUACUUUUUCAUUAAAACAAAAAGUUCCCGU